AUGGAAGAAGAUAUUGCCGAAAUACCACAUUAUAAGUAUUAUUUUGCUACUUUCAAAGAAUUGGAAGAUAAAGUGGAUCAAAUUGAAUUGUUGUCAGAUGUCAUUGGAGUGGUCACAAUCGUACAAGAUUUGGAAAAAUCCACCCUCAAUAGUAGGAUCACCUCAUGUCGAAAUGUCACAAUUAAAAAUGUUGAGAACAAGGAACUACAAGUAACUCUGUGGGGACAUAAGACAGAUCUAUUUGAUGAUAAUGUCCUCAAAACACUUGAAGGGCCGGUUGUUACCAUCUUCACUUCAGUCUUGGUUAAGAAAUCUUUAGGAAAACCACGCCUUUCAAGCACUACAUCUACGUUGUUCUUCGUUAAUCCAAAUAUACCUAAAGUUGAAGAUUUGAAGACAAGAUUUCAAGAAGAUGUAAAAACAAUCAAGUUUCUCCCAUCAGCCAUCACAACUCAAAGUUCCCUGAAUGAAGAAAAAAAGGAAAAUAGGAAAACAUUGGUUAAGCUUCUUGAGAUAAGGCCAAAAUCCACCAAGGAUAUGAGAUUUACUGUUAAAGCUGUAAUUGUUGACAUUUGUGAAAAAGAUGGAUGGUAUUAUAUGGCAUGUCCAAAUUGUAUGCCACCUGUAUCACAAGCUGAUGUUUCUUGGUGGUGUCAAAAAGAUAGCUUCAUAAACAAAUCCCCACUUGCAUGGUACAAAUUAAACACUAUAAUUAGCAAUCAAACUGGAAAGAUGAGGAUGAUGAUCUAUGGUCGAGUAGCUGAGUAUCUCAUCAAGGAACCAUGUAUUCAGUUGGUAACUAAUCAUGUGAAUCAAGACAAGAGAAAAUUUCCACAAGCUAUCAUCGAUGUCAUUGGAAAGUAUAAGAUUUUUCAAAUUGCAUUUGAAACCAAAGCAAUAGACAAUGUGGCUAUUUGUAAGAAGGUAUUCGAUGAUGAAACAAGUGAAGCAACUAACAAUCGUCAUCGUUUGUCUCCACCCAUUAAUCCAAAAACUCCGGAUCCAAAAGUAUCUGUUAACCAAAGGUAA